AUGACCCACCAACUCCACCAAUAUCACAUAGUUGACCCCAGCCCUUGACCCCUGACAGGGGCCUUGGGCUCCCUACUUACAGCCUCAGGACUAGCUCUAUGAUUUCACACAAACACAACUACCAUCCUAAAACUAGGCCUCCUCACCCUCACCUUAACACUCAUCCAAUGGUGACGCGAUGUUGUACGAGAAGGCACCUUCCAAGGCCACCACACAAAAGGGGUACAAAAAAACAUACGUUAUGGAAUAAUACUGUUCAUUGUAUCCGAAGUCUUCUUUUUCCUAGGUUUUUUCUGAACCCUAUAUCAUGUUAGCCUAGUCCCUACACCAGAACUAGGAGCCGAAUGACCUCCAACCGGAAUUGUCCCACUUAACCCACUAGAAGUUCCACUACUCAACACAGCAGUCCUAUUAUCAUCCGGCGCCACAGUUACAUGAUCACACCACGCAUUAAUACAAGGCAAUAAAAAAGAAGCAACAUACGCUCUCAUAAUCACCAUCGCACUAGGCAUUUACUUCACGGCCCUUCAACUCUCAGAAUAUAUAGAGACCCCAUUUACAAUCUCAGACAGCGUCUACGGCUCCCUAUUCUUCGUAGCCACAGGUUUUCAUGGAUUUCACGUAAUAAUCGGAACCACAUUCCUAAUCGUAUGUCUGGCACGCCUUGUCAACUUCCACUUUACAACUUCACACCACUUCGGAUACGAAGCAGCAAUUUGAUACUGACACUUCGUCGACGUAGUUUGAUUAUUCCUAUUUGUCUCAGUCUACUGAUGAGGAUCAU